AAGACCAACUUGGAAGCAAGGAUAAUAUUGAAUUGGAUUUAUCUACAAAAAAAGAUUUGGAAGGAAAAAUCAAAAAUGUUCUAAAGAAACGUUGUUCAAAAAGAAAAAAAAAUAAUAAAAACGAGUUUUUAUACAAAAAUCGAUAACACCACAGACGUGAGCUAUGAUAAAGAAAAAUCUUGCGUUUCUCAUGCAAAAAGUGAAGAAAGUGAUUGUAUAACUAGUUCGAAGAAAAGUAAUUAAAGUACCAUAAGAAACUUGUUAUUGUUAAAUUAAAGAAAUAAAAUUGUUAAAAAUGGAGCCAGAAGAGAUAAUAAAAUUGGUCGAUGGGAUUUACAAGAACAUUUUGGAGAAAUUUAAUCCGGGAGCUCGUCAACUUAUUGGCGCUGGAAAAGCAUACUUGAAAGCACUACAUGGAACUGCCGAUGCAUCACGUUUAUUUAAUGAGGCGCUCGCAAAAAUUGCAGUCAAUGCCCAGCAAGGAGGAACUUCAGAUAUUGGUGCCUCCUUGAUGAAUAUUGUUGGUGUUUACAAAGAAAUCCAGGAUCAACACAUGAACAUUUUGAAGGCCUUUUAUGUGGAUUUAUUGGUGCCAUUGGAGACAAACUUGGAGAAAGACACAAAAGUUGUGCAAUUUGAGCAGAAAAAGUUUUUGCAACAACAUAAAGUUCGAGCAGACAGCUACAGCAAAGCGACGGCAACGAUGAAGAAACAUCGGAAAAAGAAAAAUAAUACGGAAAAGGAAUUAAAAAGUAUUCAAACAAUGGAAGAAGAGAAGCAGAAACUUGAUGCAUUCUGUGAGCAAAGUUUGAAAAAUGCAAUGACACAAGAACGUCGUCGUUACGGCUUCGUACUCGAACGUCAAUGCAGCUUGGCCAAACACUGGAUGGCCUAUCACCAAGCGGGAUAUCAAGCGAUCGAGACAUCUGUGGAAAACUGGAAUGAAGUAGCAGCAACGCGUGAAUUUCUACCCCCAAAUAUCGAUGGCAUGUUUGCACGACGUAUCCGCGACCAAAACCAUCAUGGCGGCAUGGACGAGGAUUCGGAACGUGGUUCAAUCGUUUCGGCACUGCGAAAGACCCGCAGCAUUGAUGCUUCCUGCAUGGACAUGCGCUCCUUGGGAGAUUGCGUGAGCAGUGUCUCGAUGCAAAUGCCACGUGCAAAAUCCGAGUUCAAUCUCACAUCUUCUCCAAGUGAAGUCGGAAGUUCAUGGGAUCGGCAGAUUGUGAGAGCUUUGUUCGCGUAUUUGUCAUCGGGCGAGAACCAAUUGAGCUUUUUGGAAGGAGACAGAAUCGCACUUGUUGGAGAUCGUGCAAAAGGAUGGCAAUUUGGUGAAAAUUUAAGAACGCAGAAAUUUGGAUGGUUCCCCAUUGCAUAUACAACAGAAAAUGAAAUAGAAGAAAAUGAACAAAAUUGGGGAAAACUAGUAGAAAGCGAUUUGGAACAAAGACCAGACUCCAGUCUCGAAGGCACCUUGGUCGAAGAAACGCUCCCAACUAAAAUGACAGGAUCAUAUCACGAUGAAGCAUCUCCAACAAGAAUGUUCGGAGACACCAUUCAAUAUCGUCAUGCCAAACCAUUCCAACGUCUCUCACGAGGUGAUGGUCAUCCAAAACCAGGCAAUCCUCCCAAUCUUCCAGCACCUGUUCCCACGCCAACUGUGCCUCAAAAUUAUCAAAAACAGCAACAACAACAAAAACAGGGAGUUACUCAAUCACACAGCUUUUCGUCAUCUGGUGGUCCACCAGUGGUUGAACAACGUAAAUCAACCACAAUGAACUUUAGUAAACCACCAACGAGCAAACCAAAAACUGCGAGAAAUGGGAUAACAAGCGCUUCGUUACACAGUAGCAAUGACAGUGGUUUCUCGAAUGAGCCUCCACCACAACCGGAAAUCGACUAUUCCGAUGAAGAGCCAAUGCAUCGUGUUCCGAUAAGAUCUUCUCGUUCAGAAAAGAGCCUUAAUAUGUCACGUGAUCAUUUACACAAACGCAUGAGUGUCACAGAAGACAUUUAUGGCUCUGUUCCAAUGACCCCGAAAAUUCGCCAUCAUCCUGGCAGUCCAUUGCGUAAUGGCAAUAACGGUGGUUCAAAUGCAGUACGCCAAGCUGCUAGCUACGGAAAUUUAACGGACAACGACAUGACACUGGAUUUCAGACGUGCCACAAUUAAUUUGGACAAAAAUGGAAAAGUAAAGCGAAACAAGUCCUUUUGGCGUUUCAGCAAAUCUGAGGAGAUAUUGGAAGGUAUGGCCAUGUGGAAGCAUCGCGACUUGAUACCAACAGACCAGGAAAAACGAGAAGAUGAGGAGGUGCGCGAAGUAAUAACGACACUGAAACGUGCACCGAAAGCCAAUAGCAAAGGAAGUCAGAGAAGCCAUGGAAGCAAAUUGUCGACCGAAAAACGUUUGACAACUCUCGAGAGGCCAUUAACAAAACAGGAAAUUGACGAAAGAGUUUCGAAGACGCAGAAGAGUAACGAAAAAAUGUCGAAAAAGAAUUCUAAAAAUGAACGCGAGUCACGGGAAACAAGAAAAUCAACAAAUACUUCGUAUAAUAAGAAGCAACAACAACAGCAGCAGCAACAUCAUGAAAUGGAACACGAUGAAGAAAUAUACGGCGAUAACAGUACCUUGCAACGUCACUCACGAUCAAGAGCAGAUGAAAAUGAGCAAAAGUGGUGGGCCGAUGGAAAACAAAUGAAAGAAUAUUACGAUCAGGAUUUGCCUGAUGACCCUUUCGAUGAUGUCCAAGUACGAGACGACAUGAAUUUCUACGAUGACGAUAGUUUGAAAGACAUAAUGAUGAAGUCCAUUAAACGACAAGACAUUUUGAAGCAAUAUUAUUCGAGUGGCACAGACACUGAACGUCUUUCUACGAGUUCCGAUCCCUAUGAUUGCAUCGUUGUUGAAGAUCAUCUCGUGAGUGCGGCAGAUCUUGCCCGGAAAAACAAGAAAAAUAAGAAGGGUGACAAUAAAAUGGAGUUUUCGACAUUCCGCAGUAACAAGACAGACACAACAGAGAUGAAAUUGUUGCCACGCACAAAACUUAGUAAAUCUGAGGGAAAAUACGAGUCUGGACAUGAGAGUACGCGCGAAAGCACACAAGGCACCAAAAAACGAUCCAAAAACGGAACAAAUCAGAAUUCAAGUAAAUCAAAACCUUCGAAUAAUUACAGUCAAUGGGUCGAUUUAUGGGGAAAUACUGGCGGAGCUCCUCCAACAAAGACUAAAUAAACAAAUAAAAGACAAAAGCUUUAAAUACUUUGUACAUAAACAUCUUCCAGCAGUUUAUAGGUGGCAGAUUUUUAGUAUUAUCGAAUAAUGUAUAUUCUAAAGAGCCGUGUCGGUGCUAUAUUACAUAGAAUUUAAUGGUGUCGGUAUUAAAAAUAAGUCCAAACUCCUUCCUUUGUUUUGAGCGAUUUAAAACAAAAUGAAAAAAGUGUCUCCUGCAUGAGUCAUGAUCUUUAGUCCAUUCCGCUAAAGUUCAAAAGGACAUCCAUUUUAGUAGCUAAAUUAGUAGGUAGAGCCUCAGUAGAAAUUGUUGCUUGUUGUAUCUGUUACAAUACUCAAAAAAUUAUUAUUUUGUUUAAGUUUACCA